UAUGUCAUUAAGAACAUUUAUUUUGAUAUGUUUGAUAUUUGUAGGAUAUUGUAAAGAAUCAGGUGAAAAACAUCUUACAAUUCUUACUUAAUCAAUAGGAUCUAUGUUGGUUUCAGAAAUUGGAGACAAAGUAAAUCAAAUUUUAAAAUAGACUUUCUUCUUAGCAGCAAUUUUAUCAAUGAAGUUUAAUAGACUGGCUGUAUUUGCUGGAGCAGCAGGAGCUUUAGUCUUAAUGACAGCAAUUAGUUGUGCUUUUGGUAUUAUUGUUCCAACUCUCUUGCCUCGCUUUUAUACUGCAAUUGUUGUGACUAUUAUUUUUUACUUUUUUGGAGGUAAAUUACUCUUUGAUUGGUAUCAUAUGGAAAAUGAAGGAGAUAAGGAAGAAUUGAAAUAAGUAGAAAUGGAGCUAGAAGAAUUGGACAAAAAAUUGUUGAGUAGCCACAAAAUAAUUGAUCCUGAAAAUCCAACAGAAGGAUAAAAAACAAGUAAUUAUUCAUAUCUAUAUAUAGAUUUGGCUUCUGUGGUACCAAUUUAAUAAAUUGUAUGGUAAGCAUUUAUCAUGACAUUUUUGGGAGAAUGGGGUGAUAGAAGUUAGAUAACUACAAUAAGUUUAGCAGCUGUUUAAGAUGCAGAUAUCGUAUUUCUAGGAUGCAGCAUAGGCCAUUUAAUUUGUACUACUAUAGCUGUAGUUGGAGGAAAACUAUUAGCUCAUUAAAUCUCUGAGAAGACUGUUAAUUUGGCUGGAGGAAUAGUGUUUAUCAUAUUUGGGUUGAUGCAUACAUAUGAAUUAAUGACGGGCAAUUUAGAUUGAG